GAGGAAGGGUGCUUGUUAGUGCGCGAGUGCAGCGCGCAUGCGCUACCCACAAGUGCUCGGCAUGACAUCCCGGGGCAGCGCCUGACCACCACCUGCUGCCACCGCCAGAGAACUUCAGCGGUCGCCAUGACGGGAGUGCGAGCGAGCCCCGACGACAGCGACAACAACUUCUCCGAUGACGAAAGCACGCCUCUCUACGGGGGAAGCACCCGUACGGUGCAGGAGACGAAAGGAUGGGACGUGUUCCAAGACCCGCCGCCCACGCAGGACAGCGGCUCCAUGGCGAACCAGCGCUGCCUCGAGAUCACCGUCAAGAUGCUCAAGGUGGUCGCCUACCUCGUCACCUUCGUCAUCGUGCUGGGCUCGGGCGUCAUCGCCAAGGGCACCACGCUCUUCAUGACGUCUCAGCUGCGCAAAGACCGCGUACUGCCCUACUGCAACGUCGCGCUCGGCCGCGAGAAGCAGUUCAUCGUGGAGGUGCCCGAGGUGGAGCGCAUCGCGUGGAUGUGGUGCCUCGUGAUCGCGUUCGCGGUGCCCGAGGUUGGCACGGCCAUCCGCUCGCUGCGCAUCUGCUUCUUCAAGACCAGCGACAAGCCCUCCACCAAGGAGUUCCUCGUCGUGUUCUUCAUGGAGACCCUGCACACCGUGGGCAUGGCGCUGCUGGCCUUCGUGGUGCUGCCGGGCCUGGACGUCGUCAAAGGCGCCAUGCUCACCAACUGCGUGUGCUUCGUGCCGGGACUGCUGGGCAUGCUGACCCGCAACAACGACCACUCCAAGAGGUUCAUGAAGUGGAUCGUGGACCUGGCGGCGCUGACGGCGCAGGCGACGGGGCUGGUGGUCUGGCCGCUGCUGGAGGGCGGCAGCAGACCCGAGCUGUGGCUCGUCCCGGUCACGGUGCUGCUGGUGUCGUGCGGCUGGUGGGAGAACUACGUGCUCAUCCCGCGCGACUCGCACGCCGACUUCUGGCGCAAGCUGAGGAAGUUCAGCCAGCGACUGAAGGCCACCCGCUACUUCACCUACAUCUUCAUCUCGCUGUGGAAGCUGGUGUGCUUCUUCUGCUGCGUGCUGCUCAUCCUGUUCGUGAAGGACGAGAGCCUGCCCAACUUCUUCAGCCAGUUCAACACCGCCUUCUCGCAGCACACCAUCGUCGUCACCGAGAUCAAGCCGAUAGUGGCGGGCGUGGGGCUGCCGGACUUGUCGGACAUCACCCGCACAGGCGACACCGUGGAGAUGGAGUCUUGGGGCAACACCCCUGCCUACGUGCUCAUCAUCCAGAUAGCGGCCGCCUACCUGUGCUACGUGUUCGGAAAGUUCGCGUGCAAGAUCGUGAUCCAGGGCUUCAGCUACGCCUUCCCCGUGAACCUGACGAUCCCGGUGACCAUCUCGCUGCUGAUCACGGCGUGCGGGCUGCGCAACGGCGACCCCUGCUUCUUCCACGGCAUCGUGCCCGACUACCUGUUCUUCGAGCCGCCGCCCGUCUUCUACCUCAACGACUUCAUCACCAAGCAGCAAGCGUGGUUCUGGCUGCUGUGGCUGCUGUCGCAGACGUGGAUCACGCUGCACGUGUGGACGCCCAAGGCAGAGCGCCUGGCCGCCACGGAGAAGCUGUUCGUGCUGCCCAUGUACAACUCGCUGCUCAUCGACCAGUCGCUGGGGCUGAACCGGCGGCGCGACGACCAGUCGGGCAUCAAGAGCGAGGAGCUGGCCGAGAUCGGCAACGAGCACGACGACGACUACGAGAGCAUCUCGGGCCACUCGGCGUCCAACGCCGCGUCCAAGGUCAAGUCGUCGGACCACAUCACGCGCAUCUACGCGUGCGCCACCAUGUGGCACGAGACCCGCGAGGAGAUGAUGGAGAUGCUCAAGUCCAUCCUGCGGCUGGACGAGGACCAGUCGGCGCGCCGCGUGGCGCAGAAGUACCUGCGCGUCGUCGACCCCGACUACUACGAGUUCGAGACGCACAUCUUCUUCGACGACGCCUUCGAGCUGAGCGACGAGAGCGACGACGACAGCCAGGUGAACCGCUUCGUGAAGCUGCUGGUCGCGACCAUCGACGAGGCGGCGUCGCUGGUGCACGAGACGGAGAUCCACGUGAAGCCGCCCAAGAAGUUCCCCACGCCCUACGGCGGCCGCCUCACCUGGGUGCUGCCGGGCAAGACCAAGAUGAUCGCGCACCUCAAGGACAAGAGCAAGAUCCGCCACCGCAAGCGCUGGAGCCAGGUGAUGUACAUGUACUACCUGCUGGGGCACCGCCUCAUGGAGCUGCCCAUCCCGGUGGAGCGCAAGGAGGUGAUCGCACAGAACACCUACCUGCUGACCUUGGAUGGCGACAUCGACUUCCAUCCGCACGCCGUGCACCUGCUGGUCGACCUCAUGAAGAAGAACCCCAACCUGGGCGCCGCCUGCGGUCGUAUCCACCCCGUCGGUUCAGGUCCUAUGGUGUGGUACCAGGAGUUUGAGUACGCCAUCGGUCAUUGGCUGCAGAAGGCGACGGAGCACAUGAUUGGCUGUGUGAUGUGUAGCCCCGGCUGCUUCUCGCUGUUCCGCGGGAAGGCGCUCAUGGACGACAGCGUGAUGCGGAAGUACACGACCACCUCGCAGGAGGCCCGCCACUACGUGCAAUACGACCAAGGAGAGGACCGGUGGCUGUGCACAUUGCUGCUGCAACGAGGCUACCGCGUCGAGUACUCUGCCGCCAGCGACGCCUACACGCACUGUCCGGAGGGCUUCAACGAGUUCUACAACCAGCGGCGUCGCUGGGUGCCCUCCACCAUCGCCAACAUCAUGGACCUGCUCAUGGACUACAAGAAGACCAUCGAGAUCAACGACAACAUCUCCAUGCCGUACAUCAGCUACCAGAUUAUGUUGAUGGGUGGUACCAUUUUGGGUCCUGGCACGAUAUUUCUCAUGUUGGUGGGAGCCUUUGUCGCCGCCUUCCACAUAGACAACUGGACUAGCUUCCAAUACAACGUCAUUCCUAUAUUGCUCUUCAUGCUUGUGUGUUUCGUAUGCAAGUCUAACAUCCAGCUGCUGGUCGCGCAGAUACUGUCCACGGCGUACGCGCUCAUCAUGAUGGCGGUGAUCGUGGGCACGACGCUCCAACUCGGAGAGGACGGCAUCGGCUCGCCGUCCGCCAUCUUCCUCAUAGCGCUGUCGGGGUCCACCUUCAUAGCCGCCUGCCUGCACCCUCAGGAGUUCUUCUGCGUGUUCCACGGCUUCAUCUACCUGCUGUCCAUCCCCUCCAUGUACCUCCUGCUCAUCCUCUACUCCAUCAUCAACCUGAACGUCGUGUCGUGGGGCACCCGCGAGGUCGCCGUCAAGAAGUCCAAGAAGGAGCUGGUUCAGGAGCAGAAGGAGGCAGAGGAGGCCAAGAAGAAGGCCCGCCAGAAGUCGCUGCUGGGCUUCCUCCAGGGGUCGGGCGGAGACGGCGGCGAGGAGGGAUCCAUAGAGUUCUCGCUGGCAGGACUGUUCAAGGUCAUGUGCUGCCUGCAGCCCAAGUCGUUCAACGAGCAGCAGCAGCUUCUGCAGAUCGCCGACUCUUUGGAAGGCCUCAGCAAGAGGCUCGAGUCCAUCGAGAGGACCAUAGACCCUCACGGCCACCACCCGUCUCGGCGGAGGACCACGUCGAACAACAGCCGGGACCACCUGGGGUCUCUGCACGAGGACCCUGCCGAGGAGGACCAGAUACACGAUGACGACAGCGAGACUCUGACUACAGAGCCCCGGCAGGAGCGGGACGACAUGAUCAACCCCUACUGGAUGGAGGACAAGGACUUGAAGAAGGGCGAGGUGGACUACAUCUCCAGCGCGGAGGCUCAGUUCUGGAAGGACUUGCUGGAGAAGUACCUGCACCCCAUCGACGAGAACAAGGAGGAGAAGGCGAGAAUAGCGAACGACUUGCGAGAAUUGAGGGAUUCCUCAGUGUUUGGUUUCUUUAUGCUGAAUGCGCUGUUUGUUCUCAUCGUGUUCUUGCUCCAACUGAGCAAGGAUAAGAUUCACGUUAAGUGGCCGCUGGGAGUGAAAACCAACAUUACCUAUAACGAAGAAACCCAGGAGGUGCUCAUCAGCAAGGAGUACCUGCAGCUGGAGCCCAUCGGCCUGGUGUUCGUGUUCUUCUUCGCCCUCAUCCUGGUGAUCCAGUUCACGGCCAUGCUGUUCCAUCGCUUCGGCACCAUGUCGCACAUCCUGGCCUCCACGGAGCUCAACCUCUACUGCGGCAAGAAGGUUGAAGACACCUCCCAAGAUGCAAUAAUAGACAAGAACUUUGUGCAAAUAGUGAAGAACCUGCAGCGGUUGCGUGGCAUCGACAGCGACAAGGAUAACGACAUAGGCCAGGAGCGCGUGGACCGGCGCCGAACCAUCCAGCACCUGGAGAAAAACCGCCAGAAGAAGCGGCCAAUCGGGACGCUCGACGUCGCCUUCAAGCACCGCUUCUUCAACAUGAUGGCCAAGGGGGAGGAACCAGGCACGCCCGUGCUCGGCCGCAAGCUCACCCUGCGCAAGGAGACCAUCAAGGCCCUGGAGGUGCGCCGCAACUCGGUGAUGGCGGAGCGCCGCAAGUCGCAGAUGAAGACGCUGGGGGCCAGCAACGUUCCGGCCGCGCUGCCGGCCGGCAACGGCAAUGGCGCGGUGGUUCCGCCGCACAGCAAGCGCAGCUCCACGGCGGGGCUGUUCGAUCGGCUGGGCGCCGGCCACGUCAACCACUCCUUCGAGUCGGACGACGACCCCGGCGCCACCGUCAACUCCAUCCGCCUGCAGAACAUGACGCGCAACAACGUCAGCUGGCAGGACCCCGAGGCCAGCCGCCGGAACUCCGUGAACCACAGGCUGUGAGGCGACGUCGCUGCUCCCCGAGGCUCGGGACUCGCUCGGCGCUCCUGUGAUUUGCAAACAAGCACUUGCUACGCUUCAGUGCGUUUUCAAGCACUCUGAAACUUUUUAGGUUUUUUCGCAAUAAGAAAACUGUUCCAUUUCUACGUAAAAAUUUACUGUCCGACUUAAAACCAUCGAAAUUAAAUUUGGACGUCAUCACUACACAGGUGUCGGAAGUCAUGUUUAAAUGGCUCAUGUUCCUGUUUCUCGAAGUAAAAAAAUUACUGUCAUUAAAAAAUUUUGUAAAAUAAAAAUAUGUAUCUUACUUAAUGUGUGUAGAUAAAUGCUAGAAUUCAGUUUUAUUACACACAAAAAGGCCAACAGUUUUUUUAAUAUAAUUAUAUUUAUUUUGUAGCAACUGCAAUGAACUGUCUUCCUACCAGACAGAAAAAAAACAUCACGUUAUAAAUUUGUGAUUUCAUUGAUUCCUAUUUGAUGAAAGUGAGAUUUUUUAAUAGUUUAUGUAUUUACAUAUUUCAUUUUUAUAUUAAGUUUUUCCAUAGCAUGACUAACCUCUGUAUUUUAUUUCCAUUGCUUGCUGCUUUUUCAUUCCUGGAAUAUUGAGUGACACCAUAUACAUUAUGUACAAACAAAGUGUAUAAUUUUUGCCAGUGAUAAUAACUACAUACAUGUUUUACUCUCAGUGCACUACUAAAAUGUCACUGAAUUUAAAACAAUUUUUUUUUUAAACAAACAAGAUUCAAAUAUUUUCAACCUAUGAUGUGAUAGUAACAUAUUUUAGUUUUUAUACUUGAUAUUUUUAAGGCAAAAACAAAUCAUUUCUCACAAAAAAAUGUCUUCAUGUGUUAUUUGAUUGAUGAUUAAAAUGAUUAUAUAUUAUUAUCCAAAUGAAUUAUUUUGUGGUUGUGUUGUUGCUCAUUUUCUUUUCCUUUCAUCCUUUACAAACAUAAACUUGACAA